AUGACCCGGAAUACCCCAUCCAUCCAUCCAAAGCAGCCUUCGGAAUCCAAAGACCCAGCGCAGCCAGCUCGCUCCUGCGCUUCCCCCUCCCGCUGCCGCCUGGCUCGGGAGCGCGGAUGGACUGAGCUUGCCUUGAAGGAAACCAUGUCGACAGGCGGCGUGGAGGAUGAUAUCCCACAGGCAGAGAGGAAAACAGUCACGGACUUCUGUUACCUGCUGGAUAAAUCCAAGCAGCUUUUCAAUGGCCUAAGGGACUUGCCUCAGUAUGGGCAAAAGCAGUGGCAGUCUUACUUCGGGCGGACCUUUGAUGUUUACACCAAACUCUGGAAGUUCCAGCAGCAGCACCGGCAAGUCCUGGACAAUCGGUAUGGCCUGAAGCGCUGGCAAAUUGGAGAAAUUGCUUCUAAGAUUGGGCAGCUUUACUACCACUAUUACCUUCGCACCUCCGAAACCAGCUACCUAAACGAAGCCUUCUCCUUCUACUCCGCCAUCCGGCAGAGGUCGUACUACUCGCAAGUCAACAAAGAAGACAGGCCGGAACUGGUCGUUAAGAAACUGCGCUACUAUGCCCGGUUCAUAGUGGUUUGCCUUUUGCUCAACAAAAUGGAUGUUGUCAAGGACCUAGUAAAGGAAUUGUCGGACGAGAUUGAAGACUAUACCCACCGAUUCAACACGGAGGACCAGGUGGAGUGGAACCUGGUUCUCCAGGAGGUGGCGGCCUUCAUUGAUGCAGACCCGGUGAUGGUCUUGAACGACGACAACACGCUCGUCAUCCUCUCCAAUCGUCUCUCGGAGAUAGGAGCGCCGGCGCUGGAGCAGGGGAUGAUAGUCGGGCAGCUGACCCUCGCCGACGCCCUGAUCAUUGGCAAUUGCAACAAUCAGGUGAAGUUCAGUGAGCUGACAAUCGACAUGUUCCGGAUGCUGCAAGCUUUAGAACGGGAGCCCAUGAACUUAGCUUCACAAAUGAACAAGCCUGGGUUGCAGGAGACCACCGAAAAACCUGCAAGAAGGGAAAACCCUCACAAGUACUUGCUCUACAAGCCGACUUUCAGCCAGCUCUAUACUUUCCUGGCUGCGUCGUUUAAGGAGCUGCCUGCAAACAGCGUCCUGCUGAUCUACCUGUCGGCCACCGGCGUCUUCCCUUCAGGUCGUUCGGAUAGUGAAGGUCCCUAUGAUUUUGGGGGCGUCCUCACAAACAGCAACCGGGACGUGAUCAACGGGGACGGCAUCCACAAGCGCAACCAGUCCUACAAGGAGAUGCACUGCCUCCACCCUGGGGAUUUGUAUCCUUUCACGAGGAAGCCUCUCUUUGUCGUGGUGGACUCCUCGAACAGCGUGGCCUACAAGAACUUCACAAAUUUGUUUGGACAGCCGGUGGUUUGUCUGCUAUCUCCCACAUCAUAUCCGAAAGCAUUGCAAGAUCAGUCCCAGCGAGGCAGCCUCUUCACCUUCUUUCUGAACAACCCUCUAAUGGCAUUCCUGUUUGUUUCGGGAUUAUCAAGCAUGAGGAAAGGAUUGUGGGACAAGUGCCACGAUUAUCUUCGCAAAAUCAAUCGGGAUAUCGCACAAUUAUUGACUCAUUCCCGCUCCAUCGAUCAAGCCUUUCUCCAGUUUUUCGGAGACGAGUUCCUUCGCUUGCUCCUGACAAGAUUCAUCUUCUGCUCAGCCACCAUGAGGAUGCACAAAAUCUUCCAGGAAACUAGAAAUUAUCCUGAAUCCUACCCCCAGCUGCCAAAGGAUGAAACGGUGGAGAAUCCACACCUCCAAAAACAUAUUUUGGAGUUGGCUUCCAUGCUGGAUGUUCGAAAUGUGUUCCUGGAAACCACGCUUGAUGAUUAUUAAAAUAGAAACCUGCAUCUGGGCUUUCUUACUGCAUGGGUUUUUCCCCCCAGCAACACAUUUUUGAAACGGUGCAGUUUUUUCUAAUGUGAAGAUCCACCAAAAAAAAAAAGAAAAAAGAAAAAA